AUGGCUUCUCCACGUUCAUCGGGCACAGCCGGCCGAGAUUCACCAAAUCCAAGCUUCAAUGAACCCUUUCAAUUUGAUGAACAGAAGUUGUUAUCUAAUGUUGUUAACCCCGAGAAACAAGAAUUAUAUGUUUUUAAUUGGUUGGCGAAUUUAGAAAAAGAGUUAAAGAAAACUGACAAGGAAACAGUGAAAUCAAUUCAAGCCAACCUUGAAAAGCAGCUAUUAAAGUUUAUGUCAUUCACUUCACCAAAACCAAGUAGACCAAUUCGGCAGCUUAUUGCAAGAUGUUUUGUAAUUAUUUAUAUAAAGGGUGAUUCAAGAACUUUGUUUGAUACCAUCACUACUUUACAAAGCUUUGUUAAUGCUGGAAAAGGUGCUGCUGAAAAAGAAAAGAAAUUGGUAGCUUUACAUUGUGUCGGCAUUAUUAUGAAAUCAAUUGGAGAUCGCGUUUUGUCAUUGCUUCCCGAAACAAUCAAUAUUUGCCUCAAGACUACUAAGAAUACAGCCAAUCCGCUAAUUAUUCGUUUGGAAGCAAUUAAUACAAUUACCAGAGCGCUUGAAGGAGCAGCUAAAGGAGCAACAGAAUUAUUUAUAAAGGACAUUAUGAAACAAUUAAGAGCCGGAUUGAAUGAUAAGGCCUUGAUAAUUAGAGAUGCAACUAUCAAGUGCAUGCAUUCAGUAGCCAAGAAUACACAUCAACUCUAUCCAAUUACAGCUAAUGAAUUAGAUCAAUUGAUUUCUCAGAUGGUCAAAGUACUUGAUGGUUCUAAUCAAACUAUCCGUCGUUCUGUAGCUGCAUAUAUAUCGACUUUGCUUGCAGGGACACAAGGAGAAGUAGACUUCUUAGCAUCCUCAACUGUAACCAAAAAUAAAACUUCCACCACAUCACAUCCUAGCUCGCAUUCCUCACAAACACCAGGAAGUCCUACUCUCGGUUCUUCAUCAGAUCCUGUUAAGGUUGUUUUAUCUGUCGAAGAGAUGUUAACACAUUUAUCCUCAAUUUAUAAUAAACCAUCUACGCGAGAAGUGCGUUCUGCAAUUAUUGAAACUUAUUCAGCUCUCUUUAUUAAAUUGGGAACUAAAUAUGUGGAAUUGAAUUAUGCGGAAAUUGCUCGACAUUUGUUGAAAGAACUUGUGUCCCAUCCUAAAAAUGCAAAUUCUCGAUAUGAUACACUCAGUGUACGUGAACACUGUGGAUUGCUGUUACGCGAUGUUAUUGGUACAAGACUACUAAGCGAACAAGGUCAAGUGACAGCUGUUCGAGAGCUAGUACAUAACUGGGUCAAACAAUGGUCAGCGUCGACGCACACUCAAGUUGAACCAACAAAAUUGUCUCUUGUAUGUGCUGUCAAUGAGAUAUCUGGAUUAUUGCUAGAUCUAGGAGGAGCAGCUAGCACUGUUUCGGAUAUACUUGUAGAUCCAUUGAUUAAUCUUUUAAGCCACCCAAGUUACUCUGUACAGAUUACAGCUGCAUGGUGUCUUCGAUGCUUUUGUUAUUCUCUGCCUAUCAAAUUAUCAGAACUUAUUAAAAAAAUCCUUUCUCUUGUCAACAAAGAUUUGAACAACUUAACAAAUAAUUCUGUUUCAUCAGAUUUACCGAAACGAACAUUGGGCCAUGCUUAUGGACUAGCGGCACUUUUAAGUGUAGUGCCUGCUCGCCCACUUUAUGUUUCAUUUGAAUUAAGCGCACGUGUGUUCUCUAUUUCAACGCAACUUAUCAAAUCGAGCGCUAACAAGGACCUUGCAAUUGCUAGUAUACAUUUACAAGUUGCAUGGAUUCUUAUAGGAUCCUUAAUGUGUUUAGGGCCCAAUUUUGUUAAAUUACAUCUUCCACAAUUACUUUUACUGUGGAAAACAGCCUUACCUAAACCAGUUUCUAAAGACUUUGUGUCUAAUCGUACAGAAUCUGAGUUGAUAUUCAUGUUACAUGUACGAGAAUGUGUUUUAGGAGCUAUGCUUAGCUGUUUAUUACAUAACUCCAAGCUGAUAACUCCUGAUGUAGCUAAGCGACUGGUAGCUUUACUGAACAAUACUCUAAUUUUUUCAACCUUAGUUGCUACUUCAUCUAAUAACAUAAAUACACAAAGUAAUUCUGCUACUUCGGUUGCGCAUCAAUUCCCUUCAACUUCAUUAAAGUUCUCUGAUCGUGAAAAUAUGUUAAAACGAAGAAUACUUCAAUGCUUCAUUGCUAUUAGGCCAAUAUCCUCCUAUGAUAAUCUCAGUUCACAACUCCUGAAAAUGUGUUUAUCGCAUUUUGCAGAUCCAGAAAAAAACAUCGGUUCUACCAUCACAGCUGCUAUUGCUGCAGUGUCAGGAUCUUUUACUAGCGUCUGGACUACUGGUGAUGAAUACGCUUAUGGUGUUAGUAGUAGAUUACAAGGAAUGACUGUUGAUAUUGCAAAUGUUAUCGAUAAUGAUCAGGACGAAAAUAGACGCGGAGUUGCGGUAAGAGAUUGGCUUAACCGAGAUUUGAUCGAAAGCCGCCUAGAAAAUCAGCUUGAGCAGCCAAUCAUUGGGGCUCCAGAAUAUGAUUCCAUAAUGAUAUAUACCACAUACUGGAUAUCACCUGCAAAUUCAAUUACAUUUCAAAUACCAAAACCUGUUCCAGCCGCAUCAGCAUUGGUAGAUUAUAGCAUUGAGCUUUUUGCAUUAAUUUUUCCAUUACAGAGCGCGCUUGUGCAAGAAUCGCAUUUGGAACAACUGAUCAAAGCAGUGAGACAUCCAAAACUAGAAAAAAGCCCAGGAAGGAAAAUGGCCCUUCAAGUAAAUAUGGUUGUAUGUUUAUUAGCCAUAUUCAAAAAUAUCAUGAAUAUUUCUGGAAAAAAAGGAGAAACUUCAGUGCCCGGUAUUGCUGAUAAAAAAGUUGGAGCUUUGGCCAUGGAAUUAUUACAAGAAGCGAUAGUUCAUCCGGAUGCAUAUUUGCGUCAUGCUGCUAGCGAUGCAUUAGGACGCCUGUUGAGUGUGGUGGGAGGCAAUAUGGUCCCAACACAAAUGCAACUUCUUGUCGAUCAGGUCGUCAACAACCGUGAUCCAGACACGCGUGCUGGAAGUGCAUUGGCCCUUGGCAGUAUUUAUAGUCAUGUUGGCGGUAUGGCUGCAGGAGGACAUCUUAAAACUUUGAUUGGAAUCUUAUUAUCACUCAGUAGUGAUCCACACCCCGUUGUACAUUUUUGGGCGCUUUACGCUUUAUCAAAGAUUAUCGACUCUGCUGGACCAAUGUUUUCGCAAUAUGUGAGUAGUACUUUAGGUAUCAUUGCUAAACUUUAUAUGGCCGAUACCCACGAACCAUGCGGUAGCACAGUUGGUACUACAAAUGUCAGGUUAGGCUUAUCAGCAUAUCAACAAUUUGGUAAAAUUAUAUAUGGAUUGAUUGGUACAUUAGGUCCAGAAUUACAGACAAAUCCGAAAGUUAGAAAUCUCUGUUUAAACUUGAUGACUGAACUUCGAAAUGAUGAUGAUCAAUCUGUUAUUGUUGAAUCAAUACGUUGUCUUCAACAUUUCAUUAUGCUUGCUCAGCAGUAUGUGGAUUUACCGAGAUUAGUUGCAUUCCUGCAGUUUCAAUUUUCAAGCAUGCAUUUCCCUUUGAAGGAGGUUGCCAUUACAUGUUUAUACCAACUAGUUCAACGUAAUGCUAAACAUGUGUUUGAGAUUGCUGCUCCUGGAUUAGAUAAUCAAUUGUUUUCGCUGCUAGACACAGAUCCUAAAGUUGAUGGUGUGAAAGAUAUUGUCAAAAGCUGGCUAAGCCAGACUGCUCUUGAAAGUCCUUCAUCAUGGGUUGAAUUAUGUCGUAAGGUUAUGUCAAGAACUGGGUCCGUUGCGAGUGCAGGUGCACCUGUUGAGCCACCGACGUUAGAUAUUACUGGUGAUGGCGUUGACGAAGAAGGUGAAGGAUUUGGUAUCGAACAAUCUUCUGGCAUUAAUGUCAGUGUACAGAGACGUCGAAGCCUUGAGAAAAAAGCUCAUCUCUCAUCUGACACCAUGCAAAUACCGCCCAGAUGGCGAACGCAACUUUUUGCACUUAAAUGCCUUCACCAAGUUGUUGAAAUUGUUCAUGCCAGUGGUGAUAAAGAUCAAUUUAAUUUAGCAGUUGCUAAAAAGGGUGAACAAGCUGGUAAAGAUUAUCUAGUUUUAAAGGUGGCUGAACUUAUUAAAAUGGCUUUCACAGCUUCAACAGCUGUAGUGGGUGAAAUGAGAUUGGAAGGUUUAACAUUGUUAAGAGAUGUGAUUGAGAAAUUUUCUGCAACACCUGACCCAGAUUUUGAGGAAGCGGCUCUUUUAGAACAAUAUCAGGCACAAAUAGGAGCGGCUUUAACACCUGCUUUCACGGCCGAUUCAUCUCCAGAAAUUCUUUCAGCAGCUGUCAAAGUAUGUGCUGUAUUUGUUGGAAGCGGUAUUGUGAAAGAGUUACAUCGAAUGGGACGUAUAUUGAAAUUAUUAACCACUGCUCUGGAAAAUUGUAAAGAUAAUUCAAGUGUGACCAAAGUUGGCGAUGUUAAAGAUUUAAGCCCUCAUGCCGCAAUAAUGGUUAAGCUUUCAGUAUUGAAUGCUUGGGCCGAGCUUCAAGUCGCUAGCACUAAACAAGAUUAUCUGGUUCAAGUUGUUCAACC